AUGUACAAGAUCCUACGACGCGGCUCCAGCCGCGUCUUCGUCGUCUGCGUUGUCCUUUUGAUGCUGCUAUUGUGCCUGUACUACGUCAGCCAGGCUCAGGCGCCCUCCGCGGGACCGUCCGCAGCGAUUCUGAACGAGGAGCUUCGUUACGAACGGGGACCGACCUCGAUCACACCGGACUACGUCGAGACCCCGGACGCCAAGGUCUCUCUGGACACAUGUCCCAUCAUCGUGCCCAGGAACGUGGACAUCGACACGCAGCAAGAGUUUGAGAAGUUCGACUUCCAGCCGUCCUGGAUGAGAAGCAGGGAGUACUGGGACGACAGUUUCGAGGCCAGAUACGCUGAGCUCAGGAAGGAUCCAACGAGGCCACCUUUGAAGGUGAUUCUGGUGCCUCACAGUCACACGGACCCAGGAUGGCUGAAGACGUUCGAGCAGUAUUUCCACAGCUCCACCAGGAGCAUCCUGAACAACAUGGUCGCGAAGCUGCAACAAUGGCCAAACAUGACCUUUAUCUGGAGCGAGGUGUCCUUCCUGUCUCUAUGGUGGGAGAGCGCUCACCCCACAAAGAAGAUGGUAGUAAAGAGGCUGGUGAAAGAUGGCAGACUGGAGAUGACCACCGGAGGCUGGGUGAUGACCGACGAGGCAACCUCUCACAUCUACGCCAUGUUGGAUCAGCUGAUCGAAGGUCACCAGUGGUUGAAGACCAACCUGGACGUGGUCCCGGAGUCUGGCUGGUCGGUCGAUCCGUUCGGUCACGGUGGAACGAUACCCUAUUUCCUGAAGGCCUCUGGCGCAUCGGGUACCGUGAUCCAACGGAUCCAUUACGCGUGGAAGCAAUGGUUCGCGAAGAAACAGUACGGUGACUUCGUCUGGCUGCAGCCCUGGGAUCAAACGGGGGACGCGGAUAUGCUCACCCACAAUCAGCCGUUCGACAUCUACAACAUCAAACACUCGUGCGGCCCCCAUCCCCACGUAUGCCUGAACUUCGACUUCCGUAAGAUACGGGGCGAAUACACAGAGUACUCGGUACGGGCGGUCGAGAUCACGCCGAACAACGUGAAACAGAUGGCCGAGCUGCUGUUAGAACAAUACUCCCGCACUGGAUCGUUGUUCACUCAUAACGUCGUGCUGAUGCCCCUGGGCGACGACUUCAGAUACGACCACGCAGUCGAAUGGGACCAACAGUACACGAACUACAAGAUCCUGAUGGACUACAUAAACAGCCGUAAGGAAGAGUACAACGCUGAGAUUGUCUUUGGAACGCCAAAGGAUUACUUCCGUGAGAUCAGAAAACGCGUGGAGACGUUCCCCACGUUGAAGGGUGACUUCUUUGUCUAUUCGGACAUCUUCAGCGAGGGUAGACCAGCCUACUGGAGCGGUUACUUCACCACCAGACCGUACAUGAAGAUCUUGGACCGUGAACUCGAGGCGAAUCUACGAUCCGCCGAGAUCUUGUACACGAUAGCGUUGAACGUGGCGAAACAGUCUGGCAAGGACUUCAUGCUGUACGAGACCUAUUUCGAGAAGCUGGUGAAAGCCAGACGGAAUCUGGGCCUGUUCCAGCAUCACGACGCUAUCACAGGCACGUCCAAGUCGUUCGUCAUGAAGGACUACGCCCUGAAGCUGUUCGAGUCGAUCUCAGACACCACCAGUCUCCAGAGCUUCGUCAUUCAGUCGCUAGCUGGCACCACCAGUAAACCAAAUUCAGUAUACGUCCUAGCUGAAUCGGAUAGGGACAGUUACGAGAAACUGCCCAAGAAGAUACCAAUAGGGGUGAACAACCAGGAAACGAAAAAGAUCGUUCUGUUCAAUCCUCUGGCCCAACCCAGGCAAGAGGUGAUCAGUCUGAAAGUAACAUCGUAUAGAAUAAGAGUCCUCGAUCCUCAAAAGAACCCCAUCCCCUAUCAGAUAGCACCAGUGAUGAACGCCACAAGCAUCACCCAUGACGUCUACGUCCUUCUCUUCGUGGUGGAGCUAAAGCCUUUAGCCAUAGCCACCUAUCACCUCCAGCAGAUUGACAAGGUCCCAGUAGAAGCGAUUUCCACCGUCUAUUGUAGCAGAUGCGGCAAGGACACCUUGUUCCCCAUCAAACCCUUGCAAGUAGGUGAUGUUCAGCUGGAGAACCAGCGGAUGAAGCUCCUCUUCGAUGGUCAGACAGGAUUUCUGAAGAGGGUGACCAAAAAGGCAACUGGCAAGAUCAUGCAAUGUGCCAUCCAGUUCGCUGCCUACACGUCCGCCCAAUUCCACAGCGGUGCUUACUUAUUUAUGCCUGAUCCAAAUCUUCGGGACACCGACAAAGAUGUCCUGGAGGCGUACACACCUCAUCAGAAGAUCUAUAUAGUUAGUGGAAUCCUCAGUUCUCGGUUGACCGUCGAGUACGGCAAGCUGUUGACCCACCACGUGGCGAUCUAUCAUAGGGACGGUGGCCUGGGCGAGGCGAUAUACCUCAGGAACAUUGUGGACUUCGAGACACCGCCAAAGAAUAGGGAAACAGAGAUGUUCAUGCGUCUACAGACUGAUAUCCUGAAUGGAGAUCCGCCGGAGUUCUACACAGAUCUGAAUGGACAUCAGAUGAUCAAGAGGACGAAGAUAGAGAGGAUAGGGAUCGAGGGUAACUAUUUCCCUAUCACCACCAUGGCCUACAUCGAGGACACCAGUCACAGGCUGACCCUUGUGGUGAACCACUGCCAAGGAGCAGCCAGUUACCAGCCUGGAUGGCUGGAGGUAAUGCUGGAUCGAAGAACCCUGUACGAUGAUUCUCGAGGAAUGGGCGAGGGUCUGCUGGACAAUCGUCGAACUGUCAUCAAGCAUUGGUUGCUUCUAGAAGAUAUCACAGGGGAAAAGGACAAACACUCUAGGCCAUCCCUGUUCGCCAACCACCUAAGUAAUGCUCUGAAUUAUCCAGUGAAUAUCUUUGUGGUCGAUGGGACAGAGUCGGAGAUCACCAUGGCACCAGAGAUCCGGCUUCUCAGCCAGAGUUUCCCAUGCGACCUUCAUCUUUUGAACCUGAGGACCAAUCACGAUCAGAAACUGCCAAACUUUCCUGUGAACAGUGCCCUAAUGGUGCUACACAAACAGGGCUACAGUUGCUCCGUAGGUGUGGACGUAGCCUUGAAACAUUGUCCCCUAACCGAUAAGAUACCACAGGGGACGUCGUUCUUCAAGCUGCCCAAAUUGAACGUCACCCAGACCACCUUGACCGGCACUCAGACCAGAGAGAGAUUGAAGGAUGGUCUGCAAGAAGUUAGCUUGCAGGCGAUGGGAGUGGAGACGUUCAACGUGAACUUUGUUCAAUGA